AGGUGCCCACCCAACUCCGACUGCCGGACUCGGACUGCUCUAUGCAACCCGACCAUUCGAGGUUGCCGCAAAUUUGACCGCCCUUCACCAACAAACCCUCGCGAAACUCAUGAUCCUUGCUAGAAACCACAUAGUUGCGCUGCUCCACUGCCUUGAACCGCAAGUAUGGGCGAUCCCGGCGUGGCAAUCCCCAUCGAAGACUCCCCCUUCCCCCUGACCGACAUCGACAAAUGGGUUCUGUCACAGACCGACGAGGAGUUCAAGUACCAUGAUUGGGACGAGCUGAGAGAAAUCAUUGACAACAAUAAGCUCGAGAUGCUCAAGCGCAAGCCAUCGGAUCUGCGCAGGUACAUGAAAUGGACGGCUGAAACCAAGGCCGAGUACGGCAGCAUGACAAAGUACAUCAUGGUCCAUCGUUUGCCCAAAACUUGGGGAGAGCCUCCGUUCAAGCCAGUGUCCCCAGUCCCUUUUCAGAACUCCUCGGACUACCGGGUCUUGAUGAACGACUGGCCGUAUGGACUCGCCUCUGGAAUCACCCAUAUCGUCGUGUGGUCACGCACCGGCAUCCAAACAGACUCAGAGACUGGGGACAUGACGCUAGAGAGUAGGCGGAUAGUGGCAGACUUUGUCGAGAGGUUUUUCGUUGCCACACUGGGCUCUGGAGGCGAGAACCGCGUGAUGUGGUUCAAGAACUGGGUUGCUCUUCAAAGCGUGCGCUCGCUCGAGCACAUCCACGUCAUGGUCAAGGACGUUGAGCCGGCGGUGCUGACCAACUGGACCGAGGAGCUCGAGUGCCAUCGGGAGAAGUGAUGGGUGGACAAGCUUGGGUGGAGCUGGGACUGUGAAGAAGUCGGCGCGGCGAAGAGAGGAAGUAGCCAAGAAAGAAAGAAAAAGAGGAUAGGUGAUUUUUAUGCUGCCCGCCUUUGCUUGCGGUUCCCGGCAGGUUGCUGUUGUGCGCCUGCGGCACCCAAGCCCUGCAUUGCUGCCAUGUUCCGUGCAGCCCCGAACAAGCUAAAGCCUUUGUAGGCACCAAAGGCGGGGAUGAUCAGCCAGAAGAAAAAUAGCCUAUUUCCAAAGAGCGCCACCAAGACGAGCGUGGCCCAGGUGACCCAGACCACAUCGAACAUGUACUCGGUAAGUCCGGGAGAGGCGAGAUCCUCGCCGGCAGACUUGAGAGCACCGGAUGCCUCGAAUUUAGGCCGCCCAGCCCUCUCCAGGGUGAGCUGGCAUAAAAAGCUGGGAAUGGAGACAAGAAUGUAUGCCAAUAGCGACCGCGACCUGAAGAGGAAGUGGAGGGCGAGGAAGAGGCCAUUGACGACGGCAGAGCCGAUGUGGAGGUUGUUGAGAGCAGCCACGUUGGACCGAGCACGAUCCUUUUUUGCUUUCUGCGCCAUGGUUGUGGUGGGAGUCGGUUGUUGUCCUUGUGAUUGUUGUUCUUGUUGUUUGUUGUUAUUGUGGGAAUGGGAGUGG